AUGAAGAAGAACAAGAAUAACGCCUUUAAAACGACGAAAAGUAGAGUCGGAAAGCAACAUUUGAGGAAAUUUAAGUCGGAAGAUGAGAAGUUGCUGUCGAACCUGAGCAGAGUUAAAAAAACAGUGAAGCUGACUACACAAUCGAUAUCAAUAAACAAGGAUGCGCUUAACAUAACGUCGAGAAGACUGACGUUCCCGGAGCUGGUGGGAAAAUCUAGACAUACCUCGGAAAAUGUGAGAAAUCACGCACUUCUAGGGCUGAUAGAGUUUGUGAGAAGGUACGAAGAGGAAGGAAGGAUAAACGUGUACACGCUGCUGCAAGUGUCGUGCGCAUCGAUAUUCAACGAGUCGAGUAAGCUGAGAACGUCGUCAAAAAACCUGCUGAUGCUGGUGCUGGCGACGUAUUUUGGAAAAAAAAACAACAGAAGAGGCUCGGAGAUAAUACACCUGUAUUUGAAGCAGGGAAUAAUAUGCUGCAACGGAUCGAGAGACGCAUCAUUCUACGAUGACGUGUACGGACUGGUAGGAGCGGUAGCGGAGAGGUACCCAUGGGUGCUGGUCGAGUACAAGGAAAAGUUGCUGGAAUGUAUGCUUAAAAACACACCAGAAGCACCGUCAUUUAAGCACUUCAGCAGCGUAUACUCACUAUUUAAAUUGAACACGAGCAUUGAUCGGAAAACACGAGAAGACUUGAUAGAAUAUGUGAUAAUUGUACAGUAUAAAAUGUUAUCAAACACACGAGUAAAUGAUAACUACAAAGUUAACAGUAACCAUGAAUCGAACGUUAGCGAAAUAGAGUGUCUGUCAAUAGCGUCAAUGACAGUGAAGUCACUUAAGCUAUUGUUAAGUAACUCGGAGCACAUAAAGCAAAAUGACCAGAGAAUAGUAGAUUUACUGCUGAGUGUGGACCUGUACGAGUUCGAAAGCAUGACUGAAAGAGGAAAGCAGACGUACGACAAGCUGUUUGGAGACUUCAUACAGACUAAAUUAGAAUUGGCACUUAGACUGUUGAAACAAUACACAAGGCAUCAUUUGCCACUACUAGUGCCACUGAUACAAGCGGAGAGUUUGAAGGAAAGCAUAGAGUCGAGUAGGUUGGUAGAAAUGUUGUAUAAGGCGCACUCAGCAAACGGUUAUAACACGAUUGGAAAGAAGGACGUGUCACUAAAAGUUAAGUCGGAAUGGGUUGGUAAGAUAUUGAGCAUACUGUCAGAGUCGAAAUUGAAAACGAAUCAGCAAUUGAAGACAUAUUUGAAUCAACUAGUAAGUGGUACAGGUAAUAAUGAAAUGGGAAAUGAAGAAGAAGGAAAUGUGAGGAAAAUAUUAGUGAAUAUGUAUUAUGAAGCACUAAAUAGUAUGUUUGAGUCAGUGGUUGAGUCGCCAGUCGUAUGGCCAUUCAUAUGUUAUAUGAAGGGAGUGUCUCCAGUAGUAUUCAAGGAAAUAUUUGAUAAAACGCACAAUGUUAGUGCAUACAAUAGCACUCCCAGUGCUUUUAGUGCAUACAGGAGUACUAUGGAUACUGGCAAACCAUACAGAGGUAUUGAGUUAGAUUUUGAACGAGUCAUGAGUCACUUCAUAGGAAACAUGGAAGAACACUUGGUGGGAACAUUUAUUAAAAUGUGCUUACAUAUAUCAAGUAAUGAUAGGAAAACAAAUAUAUACUAUAAACUGAGUGAAAUUAAGAAUUUGAAGGAGGAAGAGUACAUGACAUUGUCAAAGAUAUAUUUAAAUAUGGAAGCAAGUGGCAGACUUAAUGAGCAUUUAUCGCAAACAAUAACAGACUUGUAUCGCAAGAAGUAUGUAAGAGCAGUGAAGGAUUGUAUAAACGCAUUGCUAUUUCAGCUGUUUAACAUAAAGGAGGAGGGAAGAGUUGACCGACAGGGAAGAGUGGUGAUUAACUUUGAUGUGGAAGGUGAAGUGAAGGAAAAGGUGGAGUACUUUAUGGAAUUUGCCAUGAAUUUCAUAAGAUUAAUCACUGGUGAAGGUAGCAGUGUUGGUAGGGAAGAAAAAAUGGAAGAAAAUGGCUCUACUCAGGAUUCUCUGAUCAAUUACAUGAUUAAAACGUUCAUGGAUAAGUAUCUGACGGUGAUGUGUAAAGUAGAUAACAACGAAGACAUGAGUAGCACAGUCAGGGAAUUGAUUGAAGAGUCAUUGAGACCACAUUGUGAAAGCAUUGAAAAGGGAAGAAGAAAGAGAGUGUAUAAGAUAAUAAAAGAAGUGUUGGUGGAGUAUAUGAACAAGGAAUCAGUGCCAGAGUGGGUAACAGCAGAAUUGGAAUAA